GAYUUGCAAGAAUAACACAACUUCUUUCAAGAUCACAUAGACAUCUAUUGUCUAACUGUAGGAAUUUUAAUGAUGCACAUAUCAUUCCUUUGAGAAAUAUGCGUUCCUAUUCGCGAUGGUGUUUUUCAGARGGSUAUUUCCGUGAGAGGGACAUUGGAUUUAAUUCUUUCAAAAAACGCGCGAUAAACAGAAKGGAAUUUUCUACUUCUAUUUGGAGARCGAUGUCUAACUCUACAGGAGAUGGAAUUAUAGGAUAUAGUGAUAUCCCAAGUCUUCUUAAAGAGGCUUUGAAAUCCAGAGGACAUGAUGAACAAGUCUUUGAAACCCAAAUGGAAGUGUUAGAGAAACUAGUUCAAUACAAGGAAGGAACAACAACCAUUGAUGCUAUCAGGUCUCACAUCUCAUAUUUGUCACCAGAGCAUAUUUAUGAAUUGGCUGCAUCUGUCUUUGGCCUCAAUCACUUGGUUGGAACUGUAGCUUCAGAAAUGGCAGCUCCUCUGUUUUGGAUGGCAAGUGUGGCUGGUAAUACAGAUGCCAAGUACUCUUAUGCAAAACUCCUUCAGUUAGGGUCAGGGGUUGAAGCUGAUCCAAUUGAAGCUGCCAAAAUGUUUAAAGAACUAUCAGAAAAGGGUCAUCCCUUUGCUCAAUUUAGCCUUGCACAGAUGUACUACAGUGGUGUUGGGGUGGAUCAGGAUUUCAAUCUGGCUCACAGUUUACUGGAGGUCAGUGCCAAGAAUGGCAUYCUUCCAGCCUACACUUUUCUUGGUAAUAUGUACAGAACUGGGCAAGGAGUUGAGGAAGAUAAACUAAAAGCAGUGGAGUUUUACAAGCAAGGGGGAACAAAAGGGGAUAUAGGUUGUAUUAUGGCCCUGGCAUAUUGUUACGGGCAUGGUGAUGGUGUCAAUGAAAGUCAGGAGAAAUCGUUUGAAUAUCAUCAACUGGCGGCAAAUAAAGGACAUCCCGCUGCUCAGUAUAAUGUUGGUGUUCAUUACUUCGCUGGUAAAGGUGUAACGUUAGAUAUGUCGAAGGCUGCUGAAUCUUUUCAAGCUUCGGCAGAGCRGGGCUUUGAACUUGCACAGAUCAACUUGGGUAACAUGUAUUACAACGGACUUGGACUGAAUAAGGAUCUACACAAAGCAAGGGACUGGUACCGAAAGGCCGCUGAAAGAAACCCAAACGCUAAAGCAUUGCUAGAAGAAGUUGAGAGCGAAUUGGGCGAAACGGACAAUUUAAAACCUACAUAAUGAAAUAUCGUCGUCGCGAUUUCAUAUCCGCCAGUUUAAGGUCAAUUGCGGUUCAAGGUCACGCCUUUUCGGGUGAAAAUGCAGCCUUUCGAAUGAAUUGAGAGCAAUACAUCAAAAUUUACGAUGUCGAGGGAUGUCGAGUAUUAAAUUAGAGGGCAUACAAUGAAGAAUACUUUUGGCAAAUUAUUUGUCGGAGUGCGCGCAAAACGUGAUGGCAUAAGAAUAGUGCGAAUGUCCUUUUAUAUUUUACCAGCAAAAAUGGUAUUCGCAAAUUGAUCAAGGGCAGCCUAAUUUAGUUGUGCAGGUCAACAAGAUGAAUGGUAAAAAAUUUGUGAAUAAAUGAAUAACGACCUAAGCCAUAACAAAAGCAUAUGGCUGCAAGGUACAUAAACGCAGUAAAUGGGAAAUAUUAGAAUGAUUCCAGAGUGAUUCCACUUUUCGAUCGUGAACGCUAACCACAGGAAACCCAAAGAUGUGUGAAGUACUCUAGACAAUAAAAGAAAAUGAAAAAUGAAAAAUCAAUCUGUCGUCAUGAUAUUUUUUCUUUUCGUUGAAACACAAGAGCAAAUGAAAGGUUGCCAAGAAAUCUCCGGAUCUCACUAUGCUAUCAAAACUUCUUAC